AUGUCAGCAGCACAGAAUAGACCUUUCAGACACACCGCGACUGUCGUUUCCCUAGCCGUUAUCACCGCUCUCUGUGAAGUCGGCAACGAACUAGCUGAAGAGGCCUCGAAAGCUCUGCGCCAUAGUGAGACUCAGAAGAAGGGCAAGAACGCGAACAAGACACGAGUCAGCGAGUUGCAGGACUACUCCAAACAAGCAAAAGCAAACCAAGAAGUCCUCGACAACACUGUGAAGGACUGGUUUGAAACCAUCUACAUCCACCGCUACAGAGAUGUGGACCCUCACAUUCGCGUGGACUGCGCAAAAGCCAUUGGAGACUGGAUUGUCGCUUACCCGGACCUCUUCUUCAAUGGCAAACACCUGAGAUACCUUGGAUGGGUGCUUUCCGACCCAAACCACUCAACCCGUCUGGAAGCAAUUAAGCAGCUGCAUAGAUUCUACGCUGACAAGAACAAAAUCGGUGGCCUCAAGACUUUUACCGAGCGCUUCAGAGCUCGUAUGGUUGAAAUAGCCACCAGAGAUGCCGAGUCGAACGUACGAGCUGCUGCUGUUGAACUGCUCGAUGACCUGAGGGAAGGUGGUUUGCUCGAACCUGAUGACGUUGACAACAUUGGACGACUGAUUUUCGACGCCGAGCCACGAGUGAGGAAGUCAGUGGUUGGCUUCUUCGCAGAAAGUAUCAACGACGCUUAUGAGGCAAAGAUUGACACACUUGGUGGCCAAGAAGCACUGGAGGAGAUUCUCGGAGAAGAAAGCGACUCAUUCGACAGCCCGUGUCAGGAGUGGAUCAAGCUCAAAUGCCUAGCAGAAGGACUGGAUUCGUACGAUUCAGCAGAUGGCCCCUUGCCGCCGAGUGUCGAGAGAGGCCCUGGUCAAGGCGCUUUUCUAUUGCAUGCCGGUUCAGCAGAUACUCGCUUCAUGGUUGCCGCAGACACACUUCACGACCAGAUCGUCGAGGUCCGUGAAUGGGAGAAGCUGGCUGGGUAUCUUCUAUACGACACUUCUGUUGCAGACCAAAAUGGCGACGCUGCUAACGGCGAGUCACAACUCAAACAGGAGCUGAGGCUUACCGAGAGUGAGGAAGUCAUCCUCCUGGAAGUUUUGAACUCUUCCGUUAAGCAAGCUGUCUCAUCCUUGGUGGAAGCACACUCGGACAAGAAAACGAAGAAAAACAAGAAGCAAAAGGAAGACACUGAGGACAUGCAGGAAAAAGCAGCACGCCACCUUGCGAACUUGAUCCCUCGAUUGCUUAAGAAGUUUGGAGAUUCACCGCAGACCGCUGCAAGCACACUUCGCCUGGGCCGUGUCUUGAGUUUGGAAGCCUUCCAAGAGUUCAGACAGGAUUCAUCCACAUACGCGACACUGCUGAACGACUUCAACAAGCAGUUCCUGUCUCACAGUAACGAAGAGGUAUUGGAGGAAGCCAGUCGAGCUUUGCUGCGUGCAAAGAGCUAUCACGAACUUGGAGAUGUUCCCGACGAGAGAAUCGAUACCCUGUGGGAAGAUACCAUCGCUACUUUCAGCACACUUACGUACGACAAAGAUCUCGAAACACGUGGGUUGCUGUCGACCACAGUCCUUGACGCUCUUUCAAGAACAGUGUUACGUCUUGAGAAACUGUCCAGUAUUUCCAACCCUGUGGAGUACUUCGAAACCGAACCUUCCGCACCAGCUACUGCACGCUCCGAGACUUCUGAGCCCUCUCCACCCAUCGACUCUCUGAUUGCUCUGAUCAAUCGUGCUGCUUCACCAAAGGGCUCGGACCCAGAGACUGCUGCCCUUGACGAUGCCUUGGCAAUGCACGCCUCGCGCACAAUCUGCUUCUAUUUCAUGUGGCGGAUACCUGCGUUCAUCAAGUCGCUGCAGACAACCACCCUGCCUGACAUCGAACUUGAGGAUCUUGCCGUGAGACGUGAUGCAUACGUCAAUGCCCUUGGUGCAGUAUUGAAGACACGUCCCGUAAACGAUGAGCUCAGCGCUCUAGUUUCUGGUAUGCUUCUCGACACGCACACCAUAAUGGCCACUCUACGCCAAGUCACUACCGACAAGAACGGCGACGAGUACCUCGUGCUAGCCCUGGAGAUGGACGCAGUGCUCCAAAAGCGCAUCCUUGGCGUCUUUGGUGCAGCCGAAGCUGCCUUUGCCAAAGCCAGUGGUAAACACGUCGAAGUCGAAGCCGAAAAUUCACAAGCCCAAGAAUCUGAAGACGACGACGAAGAACCCGCCGACCCAAUCGAUGCAGACCCAGAAUCCGAGGAUGAAGCAGAAGAGGAAGCCGAUGCUGAAGGAGGCGAUGAACAACAAACCCAAGCCUCGCAGGCAAAACGCGUGGCCAAACUCCAAAACAGUCUGCUCGCAGAGCAACGUCUCUGCGAACUGGCUUCCAAACUCGUGCUUGCUGUGCUGGGAAGAAUGGUCAACGUGGUCGUCAUCAAGCAGAGACUCGAACGCAACAAGACACGCUUGGGACACAACUUCAAACUCGUGCUCGAGCACCUAGAUGCGCAGACCAAAGGCAAAAAGGCAAGGGCAAAGCCACCACUGCUGCAAAGUCUGGCGCACAACAAGCAAAAGCCAAAUCUGCCGCACCCCAGAAGAGCACAGAAAUCGUUGUAG